CUUCCCGCCCUCCGGCGUCCCCCGCGGCAGACCCCCAGGCGUCGGCGCUUCGCCGCGGGCCCUCGAGGCGGAGGCCUGUGCCCUGGUCACCGUCUCCCGACUCCCCUUUCUUUCCCGCCGCCGUUAUGAACAUCCGCAAUGCUCGGCCAGACGACCUGGUUAACAUGCAGCACUGCAACCUCCUUUGCCUGCCGGAGAACUACCAGAUGAAGUACUACUUCUACCACGGCCUGUCCUGGCCCCAGCUUUCUUACAUCGCCGAGGACGAGGACGGGAAGGUCGUGGGCUACGUCCUGGCCAAAAUGGAGGAGGACCCAGACGACGUCCCCCAUGGACACAUCACCUCACUGGCCGUGAAGCGUUCACACCGUCGCCUCGGCCUGGCCCAGAAGCUGAUGGACCAGGCCUCCCGGGCCAUGAUCGAGAACUUCAGUGCCAAGUACGUGUCCCUGCACGUCAGGAAGAGUAACCGAGCAGCCUUGCACCUGUAUUCCAACACCCUCCGCUUUCAGGUUAGUGAGGUGGAGCCCAAAUACUAUGCAGACGGGGAAGACGCUUACGCUAUGAAGCGAGAUCUCUCGCAGAUGGCAGAUGAGCUGAGAAGGCAGCUGGAGCUGAAGAAGUGCGGGGGUGUGGUGUUGGGCUCCCGGGGAAACCAGGAAACGCAGGGAAACACGCUUCCUAGCUCCCAAGAGGAUGGUCGGGAGGAGAACCCCGCCGCUGACAGUAGUGGCAGCGACAGCAAGGAGCCCAGCGAGUCCACGGAGGGCACCGAUGUCCAGAACAGCUCAGAAGAUUCAGAUUCCACCUCCUAGAACCUGCUUAAGCAUUGCAGUUCCUCGUGUCUCAGCCACGUCUGCCUUCUGAGCCCUGGCUUAGCCUGUCUGCUCUGCAGCACCUUUUCUGGGGUCAUCUCAGUGACACCAGUGGCUUCUCACUCUCAACAGCAACCUUCCACAUAUCCUACUGGGAUUAUAAAGGAAUGCCUGGAUAGAAGAGCUUCCUGAACAAGAGCCAAGAAAGUUUGAGGCCUGCCAUCACAGAAUCUUCUUUGGCCUACUCACACCAUGCCACCAUUUUACUCCGUAGUAGUCCUGUGUUGGGUGUGGUUGUCUUGCAGUGUUUUCUCCCAGAAUGCUGAACAGGAAAAAGGGCAAACUCCUUAAGCUCCUCUGCUUUCAGUUUCUGACAUUAUUUAUCUGGGUUUUCAUUCUUGAGGCGAUAGAACCAUCAAGUCAGACCUCAUGCCUUCCUUUCUCUCCCUUCUCCUUUUCUAGAAGUAUUCUGUUUUUCUCUUCCUUUCUCUGGGAACUCAUCGACUCUGUCAUACCCUCCCCUUUCUUGAGGAGGUAUUUUCCCUCUCUACCAGUUGGAAAAAGUCACGACUAAGGGGUUCUACUAUGCAAUCAGAACUUGGAGAUUUUAAGAAAAAGGACAACCAGUAAUUAAACUGCAAUAUGUAAUCUC